UCCGUUUUAAUUACUCCAUCGAAAUAGAAAUUCCAGUUUUCCAAUGAAAAACAUAACCUGAGCUGUCUCUGUUUUUCCCCUUAAUUUUGUUUUGUCCCUGUACUAGCCUCUUUAUUUUUUUUCCUUUUUUUUGGAAUAACCAAUAAACAAUUUUUCCACCACGCCCUGCUGUCUCUCCUCAUUCAAUAUUCCAUUUUAUCCUCUCUCUCUCUCUCUCCACAUAGGAUUUUCGAUAUAUAAUAUUCGUUCAUAUCUCCCCAACGCCGAAACCUCACAGCCGCGAAUAGAGAUUAGAUUAGAGAGAGAGAGAGAGAGAGAGAGAGAGGUGGUUGUUAAAACCGUUUGUAUUCCGGCGAGGGAAGAAGCAAUGGGGGCGGGGGUACUGCCGGAUCUGUGGACGUUGAUUCUGAUUCCGCUCUGCGCCGUCGUGGGAAUCGCGUUCUCGCUCAUCCAGUGGGUGAUUGUGUCGCGCGUCAAGGUGUCGGUGGAGAAGCAGUCGCAGCCGGCGAACAACAAGAAUGGGUUCAGCGAGUCGUUGAUUGAGGAGGAGGAAGGUAUCAACGACCACAGCGUCGUGCAGAAAUGCGCCGAGAUUCAGAACGCCAUCUCCGAAGGGGCAACAUCCUUCCUCUUUACUGAAUAUCAGUAUGUUGGGAUUUUCAUGGUUGCUUUUGCGGUGUUAAUCUUUCUUUUCCUUGGCUCCGUGGAGGGAUUCAGCACGAAGAGCCAGACUUGUAGUUAUGACAGCACGAGAAUGUGCAAGCCCGCUCUUGCCACUGCUGCCUUCAGCACCAUAUCCUUCCUGCUUGGUGGUGUCACUUCAGUGGUUUCUGGCUUUCUGGGAAUGAAAAUUGCUACCUAUGCAAAUGCCAGAACCACCUUGGAGGCAAGAAAGGGUGUUGGGAAAGCUUUUAUCGUUGCAUUUAGAUCCGGUGCAGUCAUGGGUUUCCUCCUUGCUGCCAACGGUCUUUUAGUGCUGUACAUUACCAUCAACCUCUUUAAGUUGUAUUAUGGCGAUGAUUGGGAAGGCCUCUUUGAAUCUAUAACUGGUUAUGGCCUAGGUGGAUCCUCUAUGGCACUCUUUGGCAGAGUAGCUGGAGGUAUUUAUACAAAAGCUGCGGAUGUUGGUGCUGAUCUUGUGGGGAAGGUUGAGAGGAACAUCCCUGAGGAUGAUCCUAGAAAUCCUGCGGUUAUAGCUGAUAAUGUUGGUGACAAUGUUGGGGAUAUUGCUGGUAUGGGGUCUGAUCUAUUUGGUUCUUACGCGGAAUCUUCAUGUGCUGCUCUUAUUGUUGCUUCCAUCUCCUCUUUCGGGAUCAAUCAUGACUACACUGCAAUGCUUUAUCCUCUGCUCGUCAGUUCUAUGGGAAUCCUUGUUUGUUUGCUAACCACCUUAUUUGCAACUGAUUUCUUUGAAAUCAAGUCUGUAAAGGACAUUGAGCCAACUUUGAAGAAGCAACUCAUUAUCUCUACAAUAUUGAUGACUGUCGGUAUCGCGAUAGUCAGCUGGGUUGCGCUUCCAUCUUCCUUCACUAUCUACAAUUUUGGAGCCCAGAAAGAAGUAAAGAACUGGCAGCUUUUCUUGUGUGUUUGUGUUGGUUUGUGGGCUGGGCUUAUCAUUGGGUUCGUAACUGAGUACUACACUAGCAAUGCAUACAGCCCUGUGCAAGAUGUUGCUGAUUCCUGCCGCACUGGAGCUGCUACGAAUGUUAUUUUUGGCCUUGCAUUGGGAUAUAAGUCGGUCAUUAUUCCAAUUUUUGCCAUUGCAAUUGGAAUUUUUGUUAGUUUCAGCUUUGCUGCUAUGUAUGGUGUCGCAGUAGCGGCCCUAGGAAUGCUGAGCACAAUAGCAACUGGAUUGGCCAUUGAUGCAUAUGGUCCCAUCAGUGACAAUGCUGGAGGUAUAGCUGAGAUGGCUGGAAUGAGCCAUAGAAUCCGAGAAAGAACUGAUGCUCUUGAUGCUGCAGGAAACACCACAGCAGCUAUUGGAAAGGGCUUUGCAAUUGGGUCUGCAGCUCUUGUUUCCCUGGCCCUCUUUGGUGCCUUUGUGAGCCGUGCAGAGAUUUUGGCUGUUGACGUGUUGACACCAAAAGUUUUCAUUGGAUUGCUGGUGGGUGCGAUGCUCCCAUAUUGGUUUUCUGCCAUGACAAUGAAGAGUGUCGGAAAAGCUGCUCUGAAGAUGGUGGAGGAAGUGCGCAGGCAAUUCAACACCAUCCCUGGCCUCAUGGAAGGGACUGCCAAGCCAGACUACGCUACCUGUGUGAAGAUCUCCACGGAUGCCUCGAUCAAAGAGAUGAUUGCUCCUGGUGCUCUUGUCAUGCUCACACCCCUCAUUGUCGGCAUCUUGUUCGGCGUGGAAACAUUAUCUGGUGUGCUUGCUGGAUCCCUCGUCUCUGGUGUACAGAUUGCCAUCUCUGCGUCCAACACUGGUGGCGCUUGGGAUAAUGCCAAGAAGUAUAUUGAGGCUGGUGCUUCGGAGCACGCAAGGACCCUUGGCCCGAAGGGAUCCGACGCACACAAGGCAGCUGUAAUCGGUGACACCGUUGGGGACCCGCUCAAGGACACAUCUGGACCAUCACUCAACAUCCUGAUUAAGCUAAUGGCUGUUGAAUCACUUGUGUUCGCUCCCUUUUUCGCUACCCAUGGCGGCCUUCUAUUCAAGAUUUUCUAGAAGAACAAAGAAGGGAGUGCUAAUACUGCAGGGGAUUCUCCAACCGAUUUCCCUAUGAUCGUUGUCGUCUUUUUACCUGGUUAUUCUGUGUCCUUCAUUCUCCGCCAGGUCUCCUCCUCCUAACUUCUAUUUCAACUGUACUUUAGAUUCUGGUGUAGAGAAAUUUUUCCCCGUUAUUGGAGUUGAUGAUGUUGAUGAAAAUGUUCAAUCUUUUGAAGAGUUGGGAUAGCUUUGUUGUUCUUUGCCUACGUAAAUGCACAUGAUGUUGGUCAUUGGUCUAUUCGAUUUGCAACUUUUAUGGGUCAAUGUCAAAUUAUACCAGUAGUUAAUGUC